AUGGACGUGUUCGUCAUGGUCCGGCGCGGCAAGACCACCAUCUUCACUGAGGCCAAGGAGUCGAGCACCGUGUUCGAGUUGAAGCGCGUCAUUCAGGGUAUCCUCAAGCGGCCACCGGAUGAGCAGCGGCUGUACAAGGACUACCAGCUUCUGGACGACAGCAAGACUUUGGGCGAGUGUGGUUUCACCAGCCAAACGGCACUGCCUCAGGCCCCAGUGACCGUGGGGCUGGCCUUCAGGGAAGAUGAGGCAUUUGAAGACGUGUGCAUCGAGCCCUUCCCCAGCCCACCCGAGCUGCCAGAUGUAAGCAAGCCACGGGACUCGGGAAGCAGAGCAAAUGGACAAGCUGUGCAGUCAAGCUACGACAUGCAGCGCCAGUUCAACAAAGAUAAAACCACAGCCAACCGCAGAAAACAUCAGUCACCCUUAGAUGGACACCGCUAUAAGGACUCUGAGGCCUGAGACUAAGCAAGAGGGGGAGGCCCAAUGCCCCUCGCCAUCCCAGUUCAGCAGGAAGUAGCCAGAGAGACCUCAACGCCCCUAUUCCCAAAGAAUUGGGCUUUUCAUCUCUUGAGGGGGGAAUGUUAGGUAGUUAGAAUAGGGAAAAAGAGUCCAAGAUGGCGGUGGCUAAAAGACCUGGAAGGGAAAGCCCGCGAAAAUAGAUCAAAGGAACGUCCGAGGACCGGAGUGAAAACCUCAGGUAAAACAAACAACACUCCUGGCUGGCCCAAUUUACAUAAGACAGGCCCAGGGACAGAGAAACAUAUAAGAG